AUGCGAUCAACUUUUGUUGUGCAGUGCAUUGUGAGACGUCUGAGACAUAGGACAAUGAAGAUUCCCAGCGCUGUACCAGAAAAAUCCGUUAGCCGUGGGUCCCAGGUAGAGCUGAUACAUAAACGGCUUGCUGCUUUUGAACGAGAGCAGAAGGAGAAUGUCAUGAAGAAGAGCGAUUUUGCGACAAAUUCGAUUGCAGCUGAGAAUCUAAUCAAGACAGACAGCAGUUAUGCGAAGGUGUUACAAAGAAGGUUGCUUGAAGUAGAAGAAGCGCAGAAGACGCCCGAAAUUAAUUCAACUGACCACUACAUGCCGCUGGCUUUUAAGCCGAUCAAUGAUGAUAUUGCUCAAGUAAAUAACUCCGACAACGCGGAAUUUCCUGGAGGUGCUGCUUGUGAUAGAGGUUACUUUGUUGAAGGUAAUGAAUACGUUGACGAUUAUGUACUAGGGACUGCAGCAGAUAUCCCAGAUGAAGUAACAACGCGGUCCUAUGAUUAUUUCGGGUCGGACGACGUAGCAGAAGUUAUUGAUUUCCAACAUCCUGGUCAAAGCACACAGAGUCAAGAACAGCUUGGCCAAUCUUUCGAUGAUGGAGUGCGAGAGGAAAGUGAAGAGCUGGAGCCGAACACGGGUGCGGAAAAUCAAUACAAAACGAGGAUAAAUGCAAAAUGUAGCGGCUGUGGAGCUCAAAUGCACUGUGAGAACAGCUCAGUCCCCGGAUUCAUUUCUGAAGAAGAGAUAACGAAAUAUUCUGGUAAAAGGCUGCCCAGUAAUAUUCUGUGCCGACGAUGUCACCUUCUCAAACAAUACCAUUUCUUGUUGAACGUGAACGUUUGCGAAGUGGACUACGCAUCAAUUAUGUCAUGUCUACGCAUGAACGAAGAAGCCCUCGUGCUGUUGGUGGUGGAUAUCACUGAUAUUCCUGGAAGUAUCCAUCACCAAUUGCCUCAUAUUAUCGGAUCAUCCAAGCCUAUGAUAGUCAUUGCCAACAAAGUUGAUCUCCUUCCACCCGACGCCCGAACUGGUUAUCUUAAAAGAUUCAAAAAUGUCGUGGAAGAAACGAUCGAAGCAGCUGGCUUUCGGAAACAUUUUACCAUUUUGCACACAGCUCUUGUGAGCGCAAAAACCGGCUAUGGAGUGGAGGAUUUAGUGACUGAAAUUUAUCUAAAGUACACAUCAGUCAGAUUAGAUGUACGAAAUGACAUUUACCUGAUAGGAUGCACCAAUGCUGGAAAAUCGAGCUUAUUUAAUGCUCUCCUGCAGUCAGACCUCUGUAAAGUUCGUGCUCUUGAUCUUGUGGAACGCGCAACUACAUCAAUCUGGCCUGGGACGACUCUUUCGCUUUUAAAAUUCCCUGUCAUGCAACCAACUCCUUUUCGCUUGGAACUACGACGACGAAGGUUACUCAGACAUAGGGCAUGGUUACAGAAAGAGAUGUAUAAUAGGAAACUUUUGCUGCAACAGAGUGGCGACCCAACCUAUGCCGUCCUAUUCGGAAGCGUUCAAAACACUUUCAAGAAGAAAGACGACGAGAUGGAACCAACGACCUUGGAUAUGACGGAAGAUGGAUCUGCUGUUGAGAAAAGCUCAAGAAGGUGGUCCUUGAAAGAUCCUGUGUUUUCGAAAGGAAUGUGGUGCUACGAUACACCAGGCACGAUAAAUGACCAACAGGUGCUCAAUCUGUUUACACUAGAAGAAUUGAUUCACGUGCUGCCCCGUCGUCUACUACAACCUCGCACUGCUUUAGUACCAGUUGGACAUUCGCUGAUUAUCGGUGGUUUGGCUCGGUUAGAUGUGAUGGAAUGUGCUCGAGGCGAUGCUGUAUUGCUGACCACUUUUGCAAGUGAUGAUCUCCCGAUUAACAGUAUGCCUACUGUUGAAGCUGAUACAUUCAUCCGAGAAAACACCGGCAGUGAAGCACUCGUGGUUCCAAAAGGAGGAACGAGAUUGUCUGAGUGGCCGAAACUUGAAAGUCGCAUAUUCGAACUGAAGGGAAACAAAGAAGGUACUGGAGUGGCUGAUAUCGUUCUAUCCUCAAUAGGAUGGGUGCUUCUGUCAACUUCAAGUCCAUUAGUUCGUCUUCGGUGUUUCACCCCUGGAGGGAAGGGCUUAACAACGCGAACACCGAUGUUGCCGUAUGCGGCUACUUUGCGUGGGAAACGUAUUCCGGGAACAAGAUUCUAUAAAGUAAAACCUAUCGAGUUUCCUGUGAAUAUUCGUCGAAUCAAAGCUCUCAAGCGCAGAAGACGAUUUUCCAAAGAUUGA